AUGGAACACGGAGACGGAGAUGCAGAUGCGGCUAGUGCGGCUGGAAACAGUGGCACCACGGACAGCCUCGAAGAGCGGCUGAGGGUGGCUAGUCUUAAUGCAGUCCACAACAGCGACAUCCAGUUUCCUGCUGCGUUUGAAUACAUGGAACCACCAAAGACUAAUGCCACUGAUAUCAGACCGUAUCUCAAAACCGCAGAAGAUGAGGAUCGGGCCCUGACCUCCCACUCCUCAACCACCCCACCUCUUUCGAAACCGUCGUCUUCACAAGUUCCCUCCACUUCAGGUUUCUUUGAGCACUCCUCCUCGGAUGCCGAAAUGGAUCGCAAACUGCGCCAGAACAAGCCUCGCCUGCUCCUAAUGGGCCAGCGGAGGAGUGGCAAGUCAUCCAUUACCAGCGUCGUCUUCCACAAAAUGCCUCCUCAAGAGACCCUCUUCCUCGAAUCCACCACUCAGAUCCAGAAAGACUCGAUGCGCUCAUUCAUGGAUUUCCAGGUCUGGGACUUUCCUGGGCAACUUGACUACUUCGAUCCCACCUUCGACACCACCGAAAUCUUCUCUGAAAUCGGCGCAUUGGUCUGGGUAAUCGACGCUCAAGAUGACUACACCGACUCACUGAAUCGCCUGACAACCACCAUUCUCAAUCUUCAGACCACUUUUCCCCACAUCAAUGUCGAGGUGUUCAUCCACAAAAUUGAUAGUCUCAAUGAAGAAUUCCGAUCCGACAUCUACCAAGACAUUGUGCAGAGAGUGGGCGACGAAUUGAGUGAUGCGGGCUACAUAAAUCCCAACGUCAGCUACCACUUGACGUCGAUCUAUGACUAUUCGAUCUUUGAGGCUUUCAGUAAAGUGAUCCAGAAGCUAAUUCCCCAGCUCGACACUCUGGAGAACCUGUUGAACAUUCUGGUCAACAGCUGUGGGAUGGCGAAGGCAUACCUUUUCGACAUCUGGAGCAAGAUAUACGUCGCCAGUGACACUAGACCCAUUGACAUGGAAGUGUAUGAGAUGUGCUCGGACUACAUCGAUGUGAUCGUCGAUAUCACCGAUAUUUACGGGUACAACCGCAACCACGAAAAGGUUCUAGGAGAGCAGAUGCAGGAAGCCGAGUCGUCUGUGACCAUCCAUGAUGGCACCAUGAUCUAUUUGAAGGAGAUGAAUCAGUACCUGUGCCUUGUCACGGUCAUCAAAAACGACGAGGCCAAAGACAAAAAGGGACUGAUUGAUUACAACUGUCACAUCUUCCAAGAUGCGUUGAAUGCAGUGUUUGCACGAGCCUGGGAGAAGGAUAAGCCGAACGAGAAUGGCGAACAAGAAGAACAGCAGCCGGACAAGACACCAGCACAAGCUCAAGCCGAGGGACAGUUGGAGGGGUGA